CCCACGCAGUUCCCCGCACGCAGUGAAGCAGCACGCACAUACCACUGAUUAACACUAUUACUGAUACCCGGUUGACGAUACUGAUUGUCAUCGCCUUGGUUGGCACUGACCAAUUCGUGCCUUCGCGAUAGACGCCUUGGCAUUGUGGGAACUCGUAUUCAUCCUGUUCAGUCUACUGAUUACUUGCUGUGGAGAUGUGACUUCACUCCGACUACGAAUUCUGGGGACAUUUUCGCAAACUUGCAUCUACUGCGACAUCCUCUCUUGUUAGUAGACUUACUGGUGACACUUUCUUUGGGCCCCUCGCCCGGCUAAGGCAGGAGAGACGGACGCACCGCUGCUCAUUUUUCUCUUCUUUUCCUUAUCACCAUCAUACCGUACAGUUGUAAUUUUCAAACACUUUAAAUCAACUACCAAAUGGCUACCUCCAACGAGACCCGGCGGGUAACGAAACGAUCUUCAAAUGCCUGCUCAAGAUGUCGACGCCAGAAAAUCAAGUGCUCAGGCCUACAGCCGUGUGCAAGUUGCAGCAAACGCAAUAUGACUUGUGUGUUCGAUGAUCGAGAUAACAAGGUCCUGGUGACACAAGGAUAUCUUUCCGAUCUGCAGGAGAAGGUGGCACGAUGGGAGCGUACCAUGAGUGCGAACCCGCCUCCUGUGGAGAAUCCAGCCCCUGAAGCCAAUACUUCUGGGGGUGCGAAUCGCGAGACUGAGUCUACCGACGAGCCAAACGAAGAUGAUGCACGGCCUCGCAAUGAUACCAACGAGGACUCUUCAAGCAGGAGGAAUUCAACCGGUGGCGAUGCCGCUGAGUUGACCAACCCCCUGACCUCAACGCCAUCAAAAUUCUUAUCAUCUUCCAGCGGACGACCAUUCUACCUAGGCACCUCAUCCAACUGGUCAUUCCACGGACGAGUUCUGAGUCUGGUUCACGAAUACGUCUAUAGUGCACCGUUAUCUGGAGCUGACCUUCUCUUCGAUGGCCUUGCCUACGAUUUACCUUACGAUGCACCUAUUAUUUUACCAGAAGGCGCAGCCCCUAUAAUUCCUGGAAUCGACUAUGCCAUAUAUCUCAUCAACGCUGUGAAGUUUCACUGCGCACAACUGGUUCAUCUAUUCGAUGAAGAUGAAUUCAUGACCAAUUUACACAAUUUCUAUUCUGAUCCUGAUACUUCGACCGCCAAGCAGAGCUUGUGGUAUAUUCAUUUCCUUCUAAUAAUGGCCUUUGGUAAGACCUUUGUACAAAACAAGAACAGCGCAAGUCGGCGGAGUGGACCACCUGGCGCCGAUUUCUUCGCUCGUGCCCUUCAACUCCUACCUGAUAACAAUCGGCUGUGCCGUCAAGAACCGGCACAGGUGGCUGAAAUUCUUUGCUGCGAGGCUCUUUACUUGCAAGCUCUCGACUCGCGAAAUGCUGCCCAUAUGACAAUAGGACAGGCGAUGCGAGUAGCACAAGGCAACGGCAUGCAUACGGAUAUGCCAACGCAAUACCUUGGAGAACAAUACGUCCAGCGAUGUCGGAAGAUAUGGUGGACAAUUUACGUCCUAGAUCGACAGAUGAGUUCGUUGAUGGGGCUCCCUUUGGCAAUCAAGGAUGAGGAUAUAUCAUGCCAAUUGCCGAUAUAUCCUGGUUCCCCACAUAGGACUGCUGCACUGAACAUGCAAAUCAAGCUUGCGCGUAUUCUCGCAACAAUAUAUACCACCAUUUAUGGUAGAGAAGGAAAGUUACGAAGAAAGUUCGUUGUCAGUAUGAAGGCUGUGCUUGAUGAUAUAGCUUCCUCUGCAGAAGAGCUUCGUCACUCAUUUCCAUUGCAACCGGACGAAAGAUUUGGAGGGAUUUCGAGGAUGCCUGCCCAACUACAUCUUCUUUAUUAUCAGUCAAUCAUCAUAGCAACCCGCCCUCUUCUCUUCUGCUGUCUGAAGAAAAGAUUCGAGGCUCCUCGUGAAGCAGAUUCUUUGGUCGGGUCGAAUAAGAUCCGUCACCUCCUGCAUCUAGCUGUAGAAUCCGCUCUGAAGAUAUUGACCAUGUUGGGAAGUCUGAUGGACCAGGGCCUCUUAGAAACGUUUCUUCCAUGGGACCUUGAUUCGCUAUCUGUAUCAACGAUGGUACUGAUAGUGACAUGGUUUGUUGACCAUAGCCUGGUCGAGAACCAACCGUCGUGGGUAGAACAAGCCUUCACUUUCCUCGAGACCAUGAUCUCUGGCGGAAAUAGGAUAGCCGAGUUCCGACGGAACGAGUUGCGGAAGCUCGAAGAGAUGCUAUCGCAAUCGUUGGCGGGGGGCGCAUUCAUACCACCAAGGAAUGCCCCAAUGCAGCAACACACCCCGGCUUCUUUCCAGUCUGACGAUCCCGGCCCGAGGUCUGUUGUUCACUUACAAGAUGGCUUGCCUGUUUAUGCUAGUGUCAGCGACGAAAGUAACGUGUAUGGAGAUGAUUUGACGGCUGAUCAGAUUCUUGCAGUUGCAGAAUCGAUGGAUAUCGAGGGUACUGACUGGUUGUCUUUUGCAACCAUGGAUAGCAUGCCGGUUAUGGAUAUGAACCAGGUGUAAUUACGUAGCACCAAUAAAAGAAUUAAAUUAAAGUACAAUUUCUG